CUUCAAAUCAAUUAAUCAAUCAAUCCAAUUCUAUGCAGAUUCCAUUCCGCUCCUAUAUAAAACGAGAAACCCUAGUUACAAUUCGCAAUCUCCUUCGCUCUAUCUACAUCAAUCUCAUCCCUUCUUCACCAAUGGCCGCCGUAACCGAUUCUCCAUCAGAUUCAGAUCCUCCACAGUUCGAUCCAUCCAAACCAUCCGCUCCAAUAUCGUAUCCAAUUAAAACCCUAGACGACCUGGCAUCGCGCUCGUACUUCAAUUCGUUUCAUUUCCCGUUCAAUCGGACAUCGGUGGCUCUCCCGGCGGCGUCGGUGGAGUUGGCCGACCGACCGAGAAUCCUGGUUUGUCACGAUAUGGCGGGAGGAUAUCUAGACGAUAAAUGGAUUCAAGGAGGAGAGAAUGCGGAUGCAUAUGCGAUUUGGCAGUGGUAUUUGAUGGAUAUUUUCGUCUAUUUCUCUCAUAAUUUGGUCACUCUUCCUCCUCCUUGCUGGACUAACGCCGCUCAUAAACAUGGUGUUAAGGUACUAGGAACUUUCAUUUUAGAAUGGGACGAAGGUAAAAUCAUCGCCAAAGAACUUUUCUCGACUAAAGAAUCUGCACAUAUGUAUGCUGAUCGGUUGACUGAACUCGCGGUUUCCCUGGGAUUUGAUGGGUGGCUAAUAAACAUGGAGGUGGGAUUGGAAGCUGAAAAGAUUCCAUUUUUGAAAGAAUUCGUUGGUCAUUUAGCUGAGACUAUGCAUUCAUCGAUGCAAGGUUCUCAAGUCAUAUGGUAUGACAGUGUUACCGUGGAUGGUGAUCUAAGCUGGCAAGAUCAACUUAACAAAAAGAACAAACCUUUCUUCGAUCUAUGCGAUGGGAUUUUUGUUAACUAUACUUGGAAGGAAGAUUAUCCAAAACUUUCAGGUGUUGUGGCUGAAGAAAGGAGGUUUGAUGUUUAUAUGGGCAUUGAUGUCUUUGGAAGAGGAACUUUUGGUGGGGGUCAAUGGAAUACAAAUGUUGCGCUUGAUGUACUAAAGGAAAGCAAUGUCUCGGCUGCAAUAUUUGCUCCCGGUUGGGUCUACGAAACCAACCAACCUCCUGACUUUCAGACUGCUCAAAACCGUUGGUGGUCUCUCGUUGAGUCGUCUUGGGGUGUGUUGCAAAACUAUCCUCAAACACUUCCAUUCUACUCGAAUUUUGACCAGGGUCACGGUUACCAUUAUGCAGUAGAUGGAACAAAUGUUUUAACUCAUCCUUGGAACAACAUUUCUUCCCAAAGCUUUCAGCCUUUACUCGAGUUUCCUGAAGAGAAUAGCAAAUUUGAAGUAAUUAUGGAUUUCAAUGGAGAUUCCUAUAGUGGAGGUGGGAAUGUAAGAUUCAGAGGAACCUUUGAUGAAGAAGAAGACAAUGGGUAUUUCAGAGCAAGGCUCUUCCAUGGAAAGAUUGCUUUGGGGGAUUCACCUAUACAUGUUUCAUAUUCUACGAAAUCAAAUGGGAAGUCUACAUCUUCUAUAGGUCUAUCCUUCGACUUGUCAAUGGAAAACGAAGAAACUAUAUCAUUGCUUCUUGUUUCUCGGGGCAGCAAUUUGAUUAACAUGGAGAAGUUUUCGAGCAGAUUCGAUAAAGUGAUCAUGCCUCGUAGAGUGUAUUCAUCGGAAGCAUCCCCAGAUUGGUUUAUACAAGAGAGUAUUAUUCUUCCUCAAUUUGCAUGGUCGUCCACUUUAACGGGAAUCCAUGCAGUCUGUUAUGAUUCAAGACCCGGUAAUAGUGUUCAAUCUAAGUUCGAUGCCUCUCUUGGUCACAUUGCGAUCAAAACAACAACGACAACGACGACGGAUGAGAACUCGGGUUUUCCAGGACCUGAUUGUUGGCUUGUGGAGGGUGAAUGUAUUGAAUGGGGUGAAGAGUGGAAGGAAUUGAGUGUGAAGUUGAAAUGGAGUUUGAAAGAAGGGAAUAAUAAUAAUGAUGUUCUUAUGAUGAUGAGUAAGUACAAUAUUUAUGUGGAGAAACGACAAAAUGAAGAGGAGGCGGUGGUUGAGUAUGUCGGGCUGGCGGAAAUUGGAGCAUACUAUGUGUCUGGUCUCUCAGUCCCUUCGGGUACCCGUGUUGUCAAAUUUAUUGUUCAAGCUUGUGGAAUGGAUGGGAGUUGUCAAAAGAUAGACGAUUCUCCAUCUUUUGAGAUUCGAGUAAGGAGUAACUUUACUCCUCCUUCUUCUUCUUCUUUGAAGAGCUUCUCCAGUUCAGUUCAGUCCAUGACGACGAUGCUUUUCAAUCUCAGAGGUGCUCCUGCGUUCUCUCCUCUGAACGUUUCAUCUGCAUCUGUUAACUCUCUGGCGCCGGCCGCUACUCAUCAUGGAAUCUCUUUUUAUAAGAGAGAAAACGUUUUCCUAGUUUGCGCCAGCAAGGGAGGAGGAGGAGGAGGAUUUGGAUCUGGAAAUCGACCUAUUUCCGGCGUCGUCUUCGAACCUUUUGAAGAGGUGAAGAAGGAACUUAUGCUUGUUCCUACUGUUCCUCAGGACUCUCUUGCUCGACAUAAGUUUCUUGCGGAUUCUGAAGCCGCAAUUAACGAGCAGAUCAAUGUUGAGUACAAUGUUUCUUAUGUAUAUCACGCCAUGUUUGCAUACUUUGAUCGAGACAACAUCGCACUCAAGGGUCUUGCCAGGUUCUGUAAAGAAUCCAGUGAAGAGGAAAGACACCAUGCUGAAAGGUUCAUGGAAUAUCAGAACAAACGUGGAGGGAAAGUGAAGCUACUAUCCAUUUUGAUGCCCUUAUCGGAGUUUGAUCAUGCUGAGAAAGGAGAUGCAUUGUACGCUAUGGAGCUUGCACUAUCUCUAGAGAAGUUAACAAAUGAAAAGCUUCUAAACUUGCAUGCUGUUGCUAAGAAAAACAACGAUGUUCAGUUAACUGAAUUUGUUGAAACUGAAUUCCUGGAAGAGCAGGUGGAAUCGAUUAAGAAAAUAGCGGAAUAUGUUGCGCAGCUUAGAAGAGUUGGAAAAGGACACGGCGUUUGGCACUUCGAUCAGAUGCUACUAGAGGAGGAGGUUGUGGUGUGAUUGUGAACCCAAUUUUUUCCUUACUAAAUCUAUGUGUUUUGUUCUGUACUAGUGCAAAAACCUCUUCUUUUUUAUUUGUAUAUGAUGGGGACGGGAGACAGUUUUUG